AUGAUUCUUUGUGAGCGUAUUGCUGUGGAGUAUUUGCUGGCUCAGUCUGACAAAGGUGAUCUGCUGAAUCCACAACAGCACAGUGAACUUGGCAUCAUUCUUCCAGACCUGCAGGUAGAAGUUCAGGAGGAGCAGUGUCUUGAUCUCUCAAUAAGUGAUGCAGCUGACAUCCUCAUUCAGAGACCACCUGAAGCCACCCAGUGUGAUGACCAGCUGGAUAUUGCACCGCCUCAGAAUCCUUUACCACCUGACGACUCACCCAACACAUCAUCUCAGGACACCGGUUUUGAUGUAAGCGGUGUCUCUUGCAGUCCUGUCAGUCCAGCCAGUAGUUUACCUGCUGAGGACAAUUCCUCUAGUAGACCCAGCACAUCAGUCCAGGAAAGCCGAUGUGAUUCAAGAGGUUUUCCUGGCUGGGAGGCGGUUGAUAACCUGGCGGAGUACCUCGUGAACCUCAACCGCACAAUAGCUGCUUUGUCAGCCACAGAAACAGCUGAGAUUGUGCGGCUGUAUUCUAGAUUGCAUGAAAUGGACAAGUCUCCCUCCAAAUAUUCUCUGAAAAGCAAGAAGAAGACCUUGCCAGGGCCAUGGAGAGCUUCCAGGAAACGCAGUGGCUCUGCACCUGGUCAACAAGCAGCUGAAAGACUAUUCAUGACCCAUGGCCAGGGUGCCCAGAGACCUGAUUUCAACAGGACUUCAGAAUGUGUUUCCCUCAGGCUUUUGAAGGAGUUUGCCCAAGCUAGAAAUAGGCCAAGAGACUGCAAGGGUAAAACCCUGCCCAUUCCACAGUCUAUUGUACAAGCUUACCAUCACAUUAAGCAACUUCUUGAAGACAGCCGGGUGAUACAAGAGCAGACCAACUUGGUGCUAGUUACUAUCAACAACACCACAGUGUCUUCUUGGUUGCAUGACAGGCAGAAAAGAACUGACCGGGACUCAUUGCUGCAAGGCGUACAGCUACCCCAGAAGGUCUCUGUGGCUAAGGAUCCUCUGCCACAAGCAAGAGCACUUCCUUCUGCACCCGUGGAACAUGGACAUGCAAAAAUACAGUUUCAGGAGCCAGAAAAUCAUGAAGGUGAGGCAGUGAUACGCCCGCGCCACAGCUUCAGAAGUGGAUCGGCACUGGCACAGCACUAUCCUCUUGGGCCGUAUGUAUGGCCUGCCUCUUCUGCCUUGUUGUCCUCAGAUCAGCAGGAACACACUUCCCCAGCCCCAUCGCCUGCCUGGCCUUCUUACCAGCAGGGUCAUCUGCCACCAGUCCAACCUCCUGCCUGGUCCUCCCACCAGCAGGAACACACUUCCCCAGCCCCAUUGCCUGCCUGUUCCUCUUACCAGCUGGGCCAUACCUCACCAGCCCAACCUCCUGUUUGGCCCACUUACCAGCAGGGUCAUCCGCCACCAGCCCAACCUCCUGUUUGGCCCACUUACCAGCAGGGUCAUCCGCCACCAGCCCAACCUCCUGUUUGGCCCACUUACCAGCAGGGUCAUCCGCCACCAGCCCAACCUCCUGUUUGGCCCACUUACCAGCAGGGUCAUCCGCCACCAGCCCAACCUCCUGGCUGGUAUCAGCAGGGUCAUCCGCCACCUGCCACUUCUCCUGCCUUUUCCUCACAAUCACCUCUCAGCAGUACACCAUCAGAUCAGUCUUUAGUCAUUUUCAAUCGACACCGACAGUGGAGACAGCAAAAGGCAGCACUUGAAGACGAGAAGCGUUUGGCAAGAGGGGAGCCACCAAAGAAGCGUCAGACGAAGGAACAUUACCAUUAUGUGUGUAAAACAUGUGGCCAAUCAAAAAGUAAACAAACUGGCCAUUCCCAGGUUAAAGGAAAGUGGUACUGUCCAGCAUCUGGACAGACCAUUGCAGAGUGGAAAGAUUCUCUUUAG